GAAAAAUUAUGCACGUGAGAAGUCAGAAACCGCAAUGACGCUCUCAGCCUCUCCAUCCAUCGACAUCGCAUUCACAGUUCACACUCAGGACUUGCUUGGCCUCGACAAUCUCAAGAAGUGAGCAACCUCAGAGCAGGCACGGCAUCCGAUCAAAAUGAGCUGGAAGGGAUUUCAAAAGGCGGUCGCCAGGGCGCCUCAGAGCUUAAAGGGCAAGGUCGGCAUGGGAGAGCACACCAAAGAUGGCAUAUAUCUGGAUGCCGAGCGACGGUUCUCAGAAUUGGAAGCAGAGACCAAGAAACUGCAUGAAGAUGCCAAGAAAUACUCCUCUGCCGUCAACGGCAUGCUCGACCAUCAAGUACAAUUUGCAGAGGCGGUCAAGGAUAUUUACAAGCCGAUAUCUGGACGCAUGUCUGAUCUGGACACACUCAAGGUCGAAGGCAACCCUGCCGGCAUUGAAGCCUGUGAGGCCUACCAAGCCAUUGUACUCGAGCUCAAAGAAACGCUUGCGCCAGAGCUAGAGAUGAUUGAAACUCGUAUUGUCAACCCUGCCAAGGAUUUACUGGAAGUCUUCAAAGCAGUCGGGAAGACAACGAAGAAGCGCAAUCACAAACAAGUUGACUAUGAUCGACAUCGCGCCACUCUGAAAAAGCUACAAGAUAAGAAGGAAAAGACGCUGAAAGAUGAAAAGGCACUCUACAAGGCUGAGACGGAUGUAGAGGCAUCAACACAGGAGUACGAGUACUACAACGAGUUGCUCAAAGCGGAUCUGCCGAAGAUGUUUCUUCUGGAGAGCGAAUUCAUUCGACCAUUGUUUCAAUCGUUCUAUUACAUGCAGCUCAACAUCUUCUACACACUGAAUGCGCGCAUGGCUGAGUGCGAUAUUCCGUACUUCAACCUGGAUCGAGACAUUGUUGAAGCUUACAAUGAGAAGAAAGGCGACACUCAGGAGCGCGCGGAAGCUAUUGGCAUCUGCAAAUUCAAGCUCCAGCGAGCGCCAAGUAAGCUUGGCGGUCCAGGUGGCCGAUUUCCCAAUAAGGCAAGUGAAGCAAGAGCCUCGUCGUCGGAUACAGCAUCAGUCGCCGAGCUCCCACCGUACUCUGCUCCAGGCUCAAGCACAGGUGUCGCGCGUGCAUCUUCUCUGGCUGGCAAAAAGGCACCGCCACCUCCACCAACAAAGCCUAGUGCGUUGAAAAAGAAGGAGGUUGCUGUUGCGCUUUACGAUUAUGCUGCUCAGGCAGAUGGGGACCUGAGUUUCGCGGCUGGCGACAGGAUAGAGGUGGUACAGAGAACUGAUGAGAGCAAUGACUGGUGGACAGGAAAGCUCAAUGGUCGGCAAGGCGUCUUCCCUGGAAACUAUGUGCGGUUGGAGAUUUGAUGGCCCAAGAGUCGAGAGGCAACUUGUAGGGAGUUGAGGUGAAUGCUGUAUGGUAGUUCAGCCGUAGUGAUGUUCUGGUCGGCCGGUAGAACAACCUUGGUCCUUGGUCUGGUCCGGUAGCAGUUCUUGUGAAACUCCAUCUCAACUUUUGGAUGUUCACAGAAAGAGAGAAAGAGACCUUGCAAUUGGCCAACGACCGCAAGACACUCUGCAGGCGUAUACACCCUCAAGUCAGCACUGUGAGCAUUUGGAGCGCGCCGAGCCCCUCACAUCCGUCCUCCAGCUGGAAUAAUAUCAAGAAUCGCACCUCAGUGAUGCUCUUCCCAUCGCUCAAAUCUGGACUCCCAACAAGUCUCAUUGGCAAAUGCCUCCAUGCUCCGAGCGUAUUCGC